UGCUGGGAUAAACAUGUAGAAGGAGGCGAAUUUAGGAGGGUUUUAAAGAAGUUGGCACUUUUCUCGGGCAUUGAUGCACCCAUGCUUCAAUGUGGACUGAGAAGUUGAUCAGCAUUCCCGAGCUCCGAGCGAAAUCUUGUGUCGUAUGUACAUAGUGUUUCAGGAUAAUAAAUAUUUUGAUCUUUACUUACGGUGUUUACGAUAUGGUGAAAAUAUUUUUUUGGUUUUAAAAUUGUAUAAUUUGUGCAAGAAAUUUUGGAAAUUUUGAAUUUUUAAAGAGCAACAAGAAAUAUAAUGUGCUUGUCAGUUCGGGGAGCAGCGUAUUAUGGAGCAAGUUUGCAUAUCACAAUCGCACUCUUAUUUCUGGGAGGAUUCUUUGUAGAUGUGGUCGGAAUUUCGGAAGUUUGGCAUAAUCCAUACGCGACAUAUUUCUCCCUCAUACUCGCAUUUAUCUACAUUUGUCUCUUUCUCGGAUUUGGACUUUUGAUAUUUCGAGGCGUGGAACUGGAAUCAGUCCGAUUACUAAAAGGAUCCGUCGCAGGAUUCCUGGUCGUACAAAUCAGCGCAUUUCUCGUCUACUUGGCUCUCUUAAAUCUCACCCACUCGAGAAAAGGGGAGGAGUCGGAGAAACGGAGGAGAAAUGCGAUUCCAACGUUGUCACCGCUAGAUGAAAUCGUCACCGAAAUUGAAGACAUCCCGAUCAUAACGCUACUUCAAGUUAUCGCCCUCGUCCUGGGAAUUGCAACGACGUUCGCCUACGUGGCAGUUGUGGUCACAUAUGUACGGAAUUUAUGUCCCGGGCGGAGGCGUGGGUGAUGAUGACGAAGUGCAAAAUAAAGAAAUUGCGUAUGGAAAAGGACUGAAUUUUGCGAAAAUGUGAUUUGUCAUGCAUGAAAAAGAUAUAAUUUAACAAAAAAAAUAAAUUACGUCGUUGCGUAUUAAUGGA